GUAGCCCACUUUUGUGUCUAUUUCUAUUUUUCUAUUUUUUUAUUAAAUGGAUGAAGAGUUCAAGUUUUCGCCAAGCUUCUAUGAUGCCACCGGAAUCGUAGGGCAAUCUUUGUGCGCCUUGCGCGCGGCAUCCAAGGGCAGCACCUCCGUGGGCAUCGUCGCACCCGAUUGCGUCGUCAUUGCCACAGCGACAAGAAAAUCUUCGGUUCUGAUGGAGCCGCGCAGAGUGCCGCACGUGGCACCAAUAGACUUAAUGACAGGAAUGACAUAUUCCGGAUUGAGUGGCGACUUUCGCACGCUCAAAAAGCACGCCCAGAAAUGUUCCAACAACAACAAUCUGAGCAAUGGCUUGGCGGCCGAAGUUAGCCACAUGGCGCACUCCAUGGCCAUCGUCAUGCAGGAGUACACCCAAAUCUCGAGUGCGCGACCCUUUGGAGUGUCCCUGUUGAUCGCCGGCUGUGACAGGGGUGGGGUGCCACAUCUGUACAAUUGCAGUGCCACCGGCUCCCACUUCCCCAGGAAGGCCAUUGCUCUGGGCCGUAAUGCAGACAUCUGCACAAACUUCCUGGAGCAGCGAUGCAGUGAGAAUCUCAGAGUGGAAGAUGCCAUCAGCACUGCACUGUUGGCUCUAAAGACAGGAUAUGAGAAGAAGCAGCCAGAGGGUGAUGAGAAGGGGGGAGCGGAGGAGGAGCGUCCAAUGCCCACCGACGUCAUCGAAAUUGGCAUUGCCUAUCCGGAGGGUUUCGAGUGUUUGGACUUUAGACAUGUGGAUGAGUUUUAUGCAGAUUUGGCCAGAUAAUUUAUAGUUCUUUUUCUUUUAAGGGAAAUAUUAAAGUAAGCUAAAAAUAAACUUUCAAACA